UUCAACCCCAAAACUGAUGGAACCCUUCUUGAUUUCCCGGUAUCGACCGACGGUCCAUGAUGCGCAGUGGAGAAAGGAAUUUUCCGUUCGCCAAACUACCAUUUAUCACGGCCAGGACAAUCGGCUGAGAGUUUCCGUCGGAGGAUCUGUGAUUGACGAAUUCUUCAAUAGCUCUAACCCAGACCUUGCACCCCCUCGGCGCCAUGAGCUUCUGCGGAAAUUCCUCGGUCAGACCGGCGCGCGGUCAUUUCCAGAAGCCCUGAGGACUACUCCAGCUGAUACACGAGUGCUGGCCAUGGUUGACGAUAGAUGCGACCCUUGUUUACGGUUCAACGAUAUUCCGGAAAGCACAUCGUUCCUACCCAUGAGGCAAUGGGAGUCAGACGAAUACAUGAGUCGUCCUCCAGAGGGGAUACACUGUCAGAUCUACGGGGCAGAUGCAGAGACGCUGUAUGAUCGUCUUAACCAAAAUCGGAAAGGCAUCGCAGAGCGUCGGGUACUAUACCUAGUCGACCUGACACCCCUGAUGGGGCUGGCGCUGAUCUCAAGCGUUACGUACAUGCACCUUCCGCAGAUAAGAUCUUUUCUAUCCAGGCAUGUAGCCUUUGACUCCCAUAUGGGCAUUUCUCAGAUUCGUGGGUUUACCCUAGAGUUCCAUUUACCGCAUUAUGUUCUACGACCCAGUCACACUAAAUUUCAAGAUCGUCGGGGGCUACGAAAGCAUCGUUUUUUCCGACCGCCAGCAUCACACGAUAGUGAUUGUAUUUAUGAAGCACAAUUAUCCCUAGUGGUAUUUGGGGUUGACGAUUAUUUUUGGACGGCAUACCUCUGCGAAGAUUCCUAUUUCAGAGAAAAGAAUCCAGUCACUGGUUACCUUCAGGAUGAGGUAGAUGGGCCUUCCUUCGGUCUUCGGAUGUGCAGAUUCCCCAUAUGGGAUCCACGGUACUAUUUCCUUUCUAUACUUUCAAUCCGAAUGAGCCAGGUCGCUAUGGAAUGGACAGUACUGGUUGAAACUCUAGAGAAUGACCUUGGCAAGCACGGAGAGAUCGACGAGGACUCCUUGGACCGGUUUCUCGAGGAUGAGCCGUCUUUAUCGAAAACGAAGGAGUACACAUGGAUACUCUGCACUUUGCGCCGUCUCCGCAAUUGCCUUGCCCGGCUGAUAGCCACGUGGACCGCGUUCGACGUGAAUAACAGCAUUUAUUUCAAUCUUGAUACUGACGGCGCUCUGUACGACAAGUUUCGCGAAUGCUUCCACCAGGUCCGCCAGUCCACUGCCGAGCUUGCGAGGCUACAGAUGGUCCUAGAGCAACGGAUUGAGAUGCUAGAGAAGAUGUCAGGCGUUUUGGUGAACGCCUCAUCGCUAGCUGAGAGUAUCACAGCUACCCGGCAAGGGGACAAUAUCAGACUCCUUACCUAUAUAACCAUCGUUUACCUUCCCGUGACACUUGUGACUGGUGCUUUCAGUAUGAACCAGGUUGCUUCAGAUAUUGCAUGGUGGAAAUACUGGGUCUCUCUUUUCUGCUUGACAGGAUGUACUAUUGCAGUAGCAUUUGGGCUACAACUUCUAGUUUCCAGGAUGAAGUUUACUAGUGUGAAAGCGAUAUGAUGUAGCACUAUGUGUGGUCACAAUACUAUCCAGUGCAAAUACUUUCUGCUAAAAAAAAAAUAAAAAUAAAAGGAGCCACGGGACAACAUCAUCACUUGACAGGGUAGCAAUAAGAACACACCACAUGGGCACACAUAACACAUUGGGGCUGUUUGUCGUAGACCUUAGGGCCAUCCCCGCACUGGCAACAUAUAUACAUAUACCCUCUAGUCGUUACCGUUGCUGUCAUCUGGAUCGGAUGCUGGCACUCUGCACAUUUCUCGUGGCUACAUUCACUGCAGACAGAAUUAUCUGCCUUGUUGUAUGCAUAGCAAGUGCUCACACACUGUUUCAUUUCGAGUUAUUUCUGAGAACCUCCAAUAGGGAUCUUGUACUUACACAAUACCAAUCAUUUUUCAACUGCUUUAUAUAAGGAUUAUACAGACAGCUUUCCUCAUGGACUAGCUCGGGACUGUAUGCCCCAAGCUCGACCUCAUCACUAGGGGAGAGAUAGCGAUAAUUCUCCAUACUCAAAAGACCUCUGAAUGGAAGUGGGUGGAAGACCCAAUAUUCAGAGCCAACAAGCAAAGUAUCAAGUUUGAAAGCAAU